UUUAGGAUCACUUUUCAGAAAAUAUGUGGGAAAAACUUNGAAUAGAUGGGAAAAGAAAGCUGAAAUGCAAUGCUGUACCAACAAUUUUCCCAUCAUAUGGAUGUAUCUUGAAGAGCCAAGACACCAGCCAGGACAACUCUUGCAAUAUGGAUUACAAUCAGAAAUAUAAUGACACAGUAACUAUUACACAGAAACAUCCACUAAACAAUGCAAUAAACAAUUUAGACUUNGAAGACACUCAACUACUUGUUGACAUUCAACCAUCACAAUCAGAUAUUAAUCAGCCAANACUAGAGUCUGCUCUAUUACGGAUAAAAGACUUAGAAAGUAAACUCAAAGAAGCAAAUGACAAACUUACAGUUGCCAACAUGAUUGUUUGCAAAACCGAAAAAACGAAGAAAAAUCUACAGCAACGUAUAAGAAAGUUGAAAAGCCUUAAAAGAUUACGUGUUGAAAAAACUUUGUUAAAAUCCUCAGAGAUAAGAUAUUAA